AUGGCGGAAACGCCCAUAGUCCUCGAUGGAGGCACUGGCUUCCUCAAGGCCGGAUAUGCUGGCACUAACUUCCCCGACCACCAAUACCCCUCUAUCGUCGGCCGCCCCAUCCUGCGAGCAGAAGAACAAGCAGUCGAAGGCGUCAAGCUGAAGGACAUCAUGUGCGGCGACGAGGCAGCAGCCGCGCGAUCAAUGCUGCAGAUCACAUAUCCCAUGGAAAACGGCAUAAUAAAACGCUGGGACGACAUGCAACACCUCUGGGACUACACCUUCUACGAAAAAAUGCACCUCGACCCCUCGGGCCGCAAAAUCCUCCUCACCGAACCCCCCAUGAACCCCCUCGCGAACCGCAAGCAAAUGGUCGAGCUCAUGUUCGAGCGCUACAACUUCGGCGGCGUCUACGUCGCCAUUCAAGCCGUGCUCGCCCUCUACGCCCAAGGCCUGAGCUCAGGCGUGGUAGUCGACUCGGGAGACGGCGUGACGCACAUUGUGCCCGUCUACGAAUCCACCGUCCUCAACCACCUCACGCGCCGCUUAGACGUCGCCGGCCGCGACGUAACCCGCAACCUCAUCUCCCUCCUUCUCCGCCGCGGGUACGCUCUCAACAGAACAGCAGACUUCGAAACCGUGCGCGCGAUCAAGGAGAAACUCUGCUACGUCUCCUACGACCUGUCCCUCGACCAACGGCUCUCCGAAGACACCACCACGCUCGUCGAAUCCUACACCCUCCCCGACGGCCGCGUCAUAAGACUCGGCAGCGAACGAUUCGAAGCGCCCGAAUGUCUCUUCCAACCGCAUUUAGUAGACGUCGAACAGCCCGGCAUCGCCGAGUUCCUCUUCAACACCAUCCAAGCCGCGGACGUCGACAUCCGCUCCUCCCUCUACCGCGCUAUCGUGCUGUCGGGCGGGAGCUCCAUGUACCCCGGCCUCCCAUCCCGGAUGGAAAAGGAGAUCAAGCAGCUCUGGCUGACGAAAGUGCUAAAGGGGGAUCCGGAACGACUAGAGAAGUUCAAAGUACGGAUUGAAGAUCCGCCCAGGAGGCGACAUAUGGUUUUCUUGGGCGGGGCGGUGUUGGCGAAUAUCAUGGCCGAGAGGGAGGGGAUGUGGGUGACGAAGGCGGAGUGGGAGGAGCAGGGGGCCAGGGCGUUGGAGAAGCUGGGGCAGAGGUGA